AUGCAUUUAUCACUGGAUACCAUGAGCAUGGUGGACGACAGCUGCCUCUCACCAAGUAACUUCCACGAAAUGGGGAAAGGUGGGGGGGCAACUGCAGGGGGCCGCGUCCACAGCAUUGAUGUCAUACUAGGCUUCAGUAAAGACCAGGACCCCCUGCUCAGCCCGGCAGGUGCCAUGGGGCCCCACAAGGUGGGUGUAGAGGGCCUGGUGGCAUCUGGAAAACAGCAGGAACCCUCAUCGAACCCCUUGUACGGCGGCCACCUCUCCUCUCUGAGAGACAGCAGCACAGAGCAGCAGCAGUCCUACCACGACACGGGCCUGUUCACAAACAAGUGUGAUGGGGAUUUGGGCGAGCUGAGGAAGAGUAUAGACAGCGAUGAUGGAAAGUCUCCAGAGCCAUGCAAAGAUGACCAGCCUAAGAAGAAGCACCGGCGCAAUCGUACCACCUUUACUACCUACCAACUCCAUGAGCUGGAACGUGCCUUUGAGAAAUCCCACUACCCAGACGUGUACAGCCGUGAAGAGCUGGCAAUGAAGGUCAAUCUCCCCGAGGUCCGAGUUCAGGUGUGGUUCCAGAACCGCAGAGCUAAAUGGCGCCGGCAGGAGAAAAUGGAUGCAAGCACCAUGAAGCUCCACGAUUCGCCCAUGCUCUCCUUCAACCGGCCGCCCCCGGUGCACACCAACGUGGGUCCAAUGAGCAACUCUCUUCCUUUGGACCCCUGGUUGACUGCUCCGCUGUCCAGCGCUACGCCAGUCCACAGUAUCCCCAGCUUCAUGGGCCCUGCUCAAAGCCUCCAGCCCAGUUACCCCAGCCACAGCUUCCUCAACUCCUCUCCUCAUCCCCCUCACCCUCAUACUCAUCCUCAUCCUCAUCCUCAUCCUUCCAUGGGCCAGGGGAUGCAGAGUAUGGCUCCUCCCCCCUAUCAGUGUUCGGCUCCCUUUCCAGAUAAAUACCCCCUGGAGGACGUGGACCAACGCAGUUCCAGUAUUGCAGCACUGAGGAUGAAAGCCAAGGAACACAUCCAAUCUAUGGACAAGACCUGGCAACCUAUGUGA